GGCAAUCGGGGGAAUAAAUCAGGGAGGAAACCGAGGAGAGAGACAGCGCGCGAGCGCGAGCGCCGGCGGGCUCGCCCAGGUCUGUUUCCAAAGUCGCCCUUGAUGGCGGCGGAGGCGAGGCGGCCGCGGCGCCGAGCAGCCUCCGCGCGCUAGUGUUCCGCCCGCCGCCCCUUCCCCGCGCGGCUGCGCCCCGCCGCCCCCCGCGACAGUCGCGCCCCGGCCCGGCGCGCCAGCCCUCCGGCCGCCGCGGUCCGCGCGGAGCGUGCUGCUCUCCUGCCGCGGCUCCCGGCGCCGCUCCUUCCCCCGGCUGGGGAGGGAGGCGGGAUUGAUCGUCGAUCGCGAAGAUGGCUGCUGGCUGCCUGCUGGCCUUGACUCUGACACUUUUCCAAUCUUUGCUGCUCGGUCCCUCGUCGGAAGAGCCGUUCCCUUCGGCCGUCACUAUCAAGUCAUGGGUGGAUAAGAUGCAAGAGGACCUUGUCACACUGGCAAAAACAGCAAGUGGAGUCAAUCAGCUUGUUGAUAUUUAUGAGAAAUACCAAGAUUUGUAUACCGUGGAACCAAAUAAUGCACGCCAGCUGGUGGAAAUUGCAGCCAGAGAUAUUGAGAAACUUCUAAGCAACAGAUCUAAAGCCCUGGUGCGCCUGGCUUUGGAAGCAGAGAAAGUUCAAGCAGCCCACCAAUGGAGGGAAGAUUUUGCAAGUAAUGAAGUUGUUUACUACAAUGCAAAGGAUGAUCUUGAUCCUGAAAAAAAUGACAGCGAGCCAGGCAGUCAGAGGAUAAAACCCGUGUUUAUUGAGGAUGCAAAUUUUGGGCGACAAAUAUCCUAUCAGCAUGCUGCAGUCCAUAUUCCCACCGACAUCUACGAGGGCUCAACAAUUGUGUUAAAUGAACUCAACUGGACGAGUGCCUUAGAUGAUGUCUUCAAAAGAAAUCGAGAUGAGGAUCCUUCAUUGUUGUGGCAGGUGUUUGGCAGUGCCACAGGGCUGGCCCGGUACUAUCCAGCUUCUCCAUGGGUUGAUAACAGUAGAACUCCAAAUAAGAUUGACCUUUACGACGUACGCAGAAGACCAUGGUACAUCCAAGGAGCUGCAUCUCCUAAAGACAUGCUUAUUCUGGUUGAUGUGAGUGGAAGUGUUAGUGGAUUGACACUUAAACUGAUUCGAACAUCUGUCUCUGAAAUGCUGGAAACCCUCUCAGAUGACGACUUUGUGAAUGUAGCUUCAUUUAACAGCAAUGCCCAGGAUGUAAGCUGUUUUCGGCACCUAGUCCAAGCAAAUGUAAGAAAUAAGAAAGUGCUGAAAGACGCAGUGAAUAAUAUCUCUGCAAAAGGAAUCACAGACUAUAAGAAGGGCUUUAGUUUUGCUUUUGAACAGCUACUUAAUUAUAAUGUUUCCAGAGCCAACUGCAAUAAGAUUAUCAUGUUGUUCACGGAUGGAGGAGAAGAGAGAGCACAGGAGAUAUUUGCAAAAUAUAACAAAGACAAAAAAGUACGUGUAUUCACAUUUUCAGUUGGUCAACAUAAUUAUGACAGGGGACCUAUUCAGUGGAUGGCCUGCGAAAAUAAAGGUUACUAUUAUGAAAUUCCUUCCAUUGGAGCAAUAAGAAUCAACACUCAGGAAUAUUUGGAUGUUCUUGGAAGACCAAUGGUUUUAGCAGGAGACAAAGCUAAGCAAGUCCAGUGGACUAAUGUGUACCUGGAUGCGCUGGAACUGGGACUUGUCAUUACUGGAACUCUUCCGGUCUUCAACAUAACUGGCCAAGUGGAAAAUAAGACAAACUUAAAGAACCAGUUAAUUCUUGGUGUGAUGGGAGUUGAUGUGUCGUUGGAAGAUAUUAAAAGACUAACACCACGUUUUACACUGUGCCCCAAUGGCUAUUAUUUUGCAAUUGAUCCUAAUGGUUAUGUUUUAUUACAUCCAAAUCUUCAGCCAAAGCCUAUUGGUGUAGGUAUACCAACAAUUAAUUUAAGAAAAAGGAGACCCAAUGUUCAGAACCCCAAAUCUCAGGAGCCAGUAACUUUGGAUUUCCUUGAUGCAGAGUUAGAAAAUGAUAUUAAAGUGGAGAUUCGAAAUAAAAUGAUAGAUGGUGAAAGUGGAGAAAAAACAUUCAGAACCCUUGUUAAAUCUCAAGAUGAGAGAUAUAUUGACAAAGGGAACAGGACAUACACAUGGACUCCUGUCAAUGGCACAGAUUACAGUUUGGCCUUGGUAUUACCAACCUACAGUUUUUACUAUAUAAAAGCCAAAAUAGAAGAGACAAUAACUCAGGCCAGAUCAAAAAAGGGCAAAAUGAAGGAUUCAGAAACACUGAAGCCCGAUAAUUUUGAAGAAUCUGGUUAUACCUUCAUAGCACCAAGAGAUUACUGCAGUGACCUUAAAAUAUCAGAUAAUAACACAGAAUUCCUUUUAAAUUUCAAUGAGUUUAUUGACAGAAAAACUCCAAACAACCCAUCAUGUAACACGGAUUUGAUUAAUAGAGUUUUGCUGGAUGCAGGCUUUACAAAUGAACUUGUCCAAAAUUACUGGAGUAAGCAGAAAAACAUCAAGGGAGUGAAAGCGCGGUUUGUUGUGACCGAUGGUGGGAUUACCAGAGUUUAUCCCAAAGAGGCUGGAGAAAAUUGGCAAGAAAACCCAGAAACAUAUGAGGACAGCUUCUAUAAAAGGAGUCUUGAUAAUGAUAACUAUAUUUUCACUGCUCCCUACUUUAACAAAAGUGGACCUGGUGCUUAUGAAUCAGGCAUUAUGGUAAGCAAAGCUGUAGAAAUAUAUAUCCAAGGAAAACUGCUUAAACCUGCAGUUGUUGGAAUUAAAAUUGAUGUAAAUUCCUGGAUAGAGAAUUUCACCAAAACAUCAAUCAGGGAUCCGUGUGCCGGUCCAGUGUGUGACUGCAAAAGAAACAGUGAUGUAAUGGAUUGCGUGAUUCUAGAUGAUGGUGGAUUUCUUUUAAUGGCAAAUCAUGAUGAUUAUACUAAUCAGAUUGGAAGAUUUUUUGGAGAGAUUGAUCCAAGUUUGAUGAGACACCUGGUUAAUAUAUCAGUUUAUGCUUUUAAUAAAUCUUACGAUUAUCAGUCAGUGUGUGAGCCUGGAGCUGCACCAAAGCAAGGAGCAGGUCGUCGCUCAGCAUUCGUGCCGUCAAUAGCAGACAUAUUACACAUUGGCUGGUGGGCCACUGCUGCGGCCUGGUCUAUUCUACAGCAGUUUCUCUUGAGUUUGACCUUUCCACGACUUCUUGAGGCAGUUGAGAUGGAAGAUGAUGAUUUUACGGCCUCUCUGUCAAAACAGAGUUGUAUUACUGAACAAACCCAGUAUUUCUUCGAUAACGAUAGUAAAUCAUUCAGUGGGGUACUAGACUGUGGAAACUGUUCCAGGAUCUUUCAUGUAGAAAAACUUAUGAACACCAACUUAAUAUUCAUAAUGGUUGAGAGCAAAGGGACUUGUCCCUGUGACACACGACUGCUCAUACAAGCAGAGCAGACUUCUGAUGGUCCAGAUCCUUGUGAUAUGGUUAAGCAACCCAGAUACCGAAAAGGGCCUGAUGUCUGCUUUGAUAACAAUGUCUUGGAUCAACUUAUAUGCACAACGAGUCGUGCCUGUACCACGAUGUCAGCUCCUAUCUUCAUUUUACUGCAAGUUUUCAUGUGGUGUGGAUGGUCAGUCACUUUCUCUAAUUUUUCUUUGUUUUUGUGUUAGGCUUGAAAGUUUAAAAAUUAAUCUAUAUCCCUAAACCCACUAUAAUAAAUGUCCUGAGCCAGGUUAUUAAAAAUCCCAGUCCUCAUAUUGGUUGUUAAUAGCUGAUAUCAAAUAUUGCAUAAAUCUUUAAUCCUCAAAAAGUACAUAGCAACUGCCUGCAUUUAUUUAAAAAUUUGUAUUUUCUCAUAAGGUUUUGCAGAAAGAUUAUACAUGCUUUCUGAUGUCUUUAUACUUAGGGCACUUUUCUUUAGUAAAUCAGUAGAGCUGAUAAUCUCAAUUUAUUUUCCAGAAAUGUUGGCAAAAUUAAUGAAGCAGCUUAGGCAGGGCCAAGCCCAUACAUCAGCAUGCCCACAGAACUUGGAGCCCCCAUAACAACAAAUGGGUGCACACAACCCCCAUAAGAGACACUGCUGGAACAUCUGAUUUCUGUGACCAGGGGAGAUUGCACUCCUUGAAGCCAUGAGACAUCUGCUACAUAAGGCUGCUCUGUCAAUCCUGGGAGAUGUAACAGAGCUACCUAAUGUAUAGACACAAACACAGAGUCAGGGAAGAUGAGGAGACAGAAGACUGCACUCCAAGUAAAAGAAUAGAUCAAAUCCUCUGAUAAAGAACUGAAUGGAAUAGAGAUAAGCAAUCUAUACAAAAAGGGUUCAAAGCAAUGGUCGUAAAGAUGCUUACUGAACUCGGGAGAAGAAUGGAUGAACACCAUGAGAAUUUCAACAAAGUAAUAGAAAAUACCAGAGCCAAGAAAUACAAUAACAGAAAUGGGGGGAAAAAAAGUAGGAGGAAUAAACAGUCAAUGAGAUGAUACAGGAGAAUGAAUUAGCAAUCUGGAAGACAGGGUACUGUAAAUGACCCUAACUGAACAGGAAAAGAAAAAAGAUCUUCAAAAAUUCAGGAUACUUUAAGACAAUAUCGAGUGUACCAAUGAUUGCAUUAUACAGGUGCCAGAAGAAGACAGAAAAAGGAUGAAACUUCCUAACCCUGGAAGGAAAUAGACAUCAAGAUCCAGGAAAAACAGAGAAUCUCAAAUAAGAUGAACACAGAGAUUCACACAAGGACAUAGUAUAAUUAACACCCUAAAAUUUUUAAAAUAGAGAAUUUAAAAGCAAGAGGCAGGCAGUAAGUUGUGAAUAAAAGAAAUCCCCCCACACACAUAAACUACCACCACCACCACAUUAUAAACUGACUUUUCAGCAGAAACUUUGCAGGUCAGAAGAGAGUGGCAUGAUACAUUCAAAGUACCAAAGAAAAAACCUUAAAACCAAGAUUACCCAGUAAGGUUAUUAUUCACAAUUGAAGAAAAGAUUGUUUUCUAGACAAGCAAAACCUAAAGGAACUCAUCACUGCUCAAUCAGCCUUACAGGAAAUAUGAAAGGGACUUCAUUAAGCAGAAAAGGCCAUAACUAAGAAUAAGGAAAUAUACGAAAGAAAAAAAUCUCACUGAUAAAGGCAAACAUAGUAGAGGUAGUAAAUCAAUCACUUACAAAGCUUGUAUGAAAGUGAAAACAGAAAAGUAGUAAAAUCUAUUACAUCUAUAAUGAUAAGCUAAGGGAUACACAAAGAGAUGUAAGAUGUCAAAAACACAAAUGUGAAGAUGGAGUAGUACAAAUGUGCUUUUAGAAUCAACUAAUACAGACUUCUAUAUACAUAGGAUAUUAUAUAAGAAACUCAUGGUAACCAUGAGACACAAUCCUAUAGUAGAUACACAAAAAAUAGAAAGGAAUCCAAGCGUAACACUAAAAAGUUAUCAAAUCACAAGAAAGAAAUAGAACAAAGGAACAGACAAGAAUGACAAAUAGAAAAUGGCAAUAAGUACAUACUGCUCAACAAUUACAUUAAAUAUAAAUGAACUAAAUGUUCCAAUCAAAAGAUAUAAGGUAACUGAAUAGAUUAAAAAACAACAUCCAUCUCUAUGUUGCCUGCAAGAGACUCACUUCAUAUCUGAAGACACACAGACUAAAAAUGAAGAAAUGAUGAAAGAUAUUUCAUACAAAAUAGACGUUAAAACAAAGGCUGACACAAGGGUGUCACAAAAUGUUACAGUGAUCACUCCAACAAGAACAUAUAACACUUGUUAAUAUCUACAUACCCAACAUAGCACAUAAAUAUAUAAUGCAAAUAUUAGAAGACACAAAAGGAGGAAUUGACAGUAAUAUAAUAAUGGGGAUAUGAAUACCCCACUUAAAUUAGUAGAUAGAUCACCCAGACAGAAAAUUAAUAAGGCAAUAUUGGCCUUAACACAUUAUACCAUACCAGGUGGACUUAGUAGAUAUAUACAGAAUAGUCCACCCAAAAAUAGCAGAAUACAUUUUUCUCAAGUGAACAUGAAACAUGUUAGGCCACAAAACAAGUCACAAUAUAUUUAAACAUAUUGGAAUUAUAUCAAGCAUCUUUUCUGACCACAAUGGUAUGAAACUAGGUAGCAAUUAUAAGAAGAAAACUGGAAAAAAUACAGACACAUGGAGCUCAAACAACAUACCUUUAAACAACCAAUGAGUCAAUGAAGAAGUCAAAGACAAAAUUUUAAAAAAUACCUUGAGACAAAUGAAAUGAAAACACAAUGUUCCAAAAUCUACAGGAUGCAGCAAAAGCAGUUCUAAGAGGGAAGUUUAUAACAUUGCAUGCCCACCAAGAAACAAGAAAAACCUCAACCAUUCUAACCUUAUGCCUAAAAGAACUAGAAAAAAGAACAAGGAAGGCCAAAGACAGUAGAAAAUAUAAGUCGGAUCAGAAAUAAAUGAGACCAAAAAAAUAAAAAAAUAAAUGGAACUAAGAGAUGAUUAUUUGAAAAGAAAAAAAUAAUAAACUUUUAGCCACACUCAUCAAGAAAAAAGAGCCCAACUAAAAUCAGAAGUGAAAAUGAAGUUACAAUCCAUUCCAUAGAAAAAAAAGGAUUAUAAGAAACCACUACAAUUAUACACCAAAAAGUUGGACAACUUAGAAGAAAUAAAUUCCAAGAAACAUACCAUCUUCUGAGACUAAAUCAAGAAUUAAAAAAUCUCAACAGACUGAUUACUAAUAAUGAGACUGAAUCAGUAGCAAAACUCCCCAAAACCAAAAAUCCAGGGCUAGAUGGCUUCACAGGUGAAUUCUAUCAAACAGUUUAACAGUUAAUACCUAUCAUUUUCAAAAUUUCCAUACUAUUUCAUUUUCAAACUAUUCCAAAAUAUUGAAGGGAAAAAAAUGCUUCCAGACUUAUUCUGAGGCAGCAUUACCCAGAUAACUGAAUCAGACUAAUACAAAAAAGUAAUUAUAUGCCAAUAUACCUGAUGAACAUAGAUGCAAUAAUCCUCAACAAAAUAUUUGCAAGCCAAAUUCAACAAUAUAAAAGGAUUAAUUCCCAUUUUCAAGUGGGAUUUAACUCAGGUAUUCAAGCAUGUUCAUAUCCACAAAAUAACAUGAUAAAGCACAUUAACAACACAAAGGAUAAAAGUCAUAUGAUCAUCUCAAUAGAUGCAAAAAAAAAGCAUUUGACAAAGUUUAUCAUCCAUUCAGGAUAAACUCUCAACAAAAUGGGUAUAGAGGGAACAUACCUCAACAUAAUAAAGUCCAUGUAUGACAGUCCCACAGGUAACAUACUCAACAGUGAAAAACUGAAAGCUUUUCCUCUAAGAACAGCAACAAGACAAGGAUGUCCAAUCUUGCUACUUUUUUUCAACAUAGUACUGGAAGUCCUAGCCACAGCCAUCAGACAAAAAAGAGGUAAAACUGUUCCUAUUUGUAGAUGACAUGAUGGCAUAUAGAGAAAAUCCUAAAGUUACCACCAAAAAAUAAUUUUAGCUCUAGUAAAUCAAUUCAGUAAAGUUGUAGGAUACAAUAUUAAUAUGCAGAUAUCAUUUGAAUAUCUAUAUGUCAGUAGUGAACUAUCAGAAAGAAAUUAAGAAAACAGUCCCUCUUACAACUGCAUCAAAAGUAACAAAAUCUUAGGAAUUAGGGUUACCAAUCAGGUGAAAGACUUGUACUCUGAAAGCUAUAAGACAUUGAUGAAACAAUUGAAGAAUGGAAACAAAUAAAUGGAAAGAUAUAUUAUGCUCAUGGAUUCAAGAAAUAAUGUUGAAAAGUCCAUACCACCCAAAUUAAUUUACAAAUUAAAUUCCUAUAAAAUUGCAAUGGCAUUUUUUACUUUAUUAUGUAAAAUGAACUUAGAAAUUGGUAGAACUUAUAUUAAGAUAUUUCAGUAAGAAUAUAAAUAUUUUAAUAGGAAAUAUCUAAGAAGUUGAUGAAGGCAUAUUUGUUUAAAAAACUGAUUGACUUAGAAGCUUGGAAUCCAAUUGCACAGAACUAGAAUAAUCCUAAAAUUUGUAUACAACUGUAAAAGACCGCAAGUAGCCAAAGCAAUCAAGAAAGAAGAAAGCUAGAGGUAUAAGUAUCCCUUAUUUCAGGCUAUAUACAAAACUACAGUAAAAUUAAAAAUGACAUUUGCCCAGAAUAGAAACUUAGAUCACAGGAACAGAACAGAGAGCACAGAAACGCACUUUACCACAAAGGAGGCAAGAGCAUACAAGUGGGGAAAAGACAGCCUCUUCAAUAAAGGAUGUUGGGAAAUGAUGUUGUGUACCUGAAACUAAGACAGUAUUUAUUAAUUCUUCAAUUUAAAAAAUUAGUCAACUAUUUUGAUUUUUCAAGCAUUAUUUAAGCUUCUAAGUCAAUUACUGUUUUUUAUAUGCCUUGAUCAACUUUUUAGAUUUUUCCUACCAAAAUAUUGAUAUUCUUAUUGAAAUAUAUUAGUGUAAGUACUACCAAUUUGUAAGUUCAUUUUACUUAAUACUGUUUACAUUAUGUAGACCAAAAUUAUUAAUUUUUUGAAAAAUGUCUGUAUUCCCUAAUCAGUAUGCAUGAAUAGAUAUUUUAGGACCUGAGUUUGUGUUUCGGGUUCCAUUUACAGUUUUGCACUUUUUUUCUGAUGCUCUGGGAUCAUCAUGAUUUUGUUACUAGAGCAACCUUUGUUGUAUUCUUCAUUCAUUGCUCUCCAGGUAUUCAUUGAUUAGGAGGAAAACACUAGAUGGAGGUGUGGCCAUUACUGUGCAUGGAGUAAGCACAUUGUGGGCCAGGGGGUGAAAGGAGUAGCAAGGAGAGUGUCAGAAAACAACUAAACUUUUCUAGGAUAAUAAAAUAAUAGUUUUCAUUGCAAAAGAUUCCAAGUGAAGGAAACCCAGCUGAUUUUAUUAAAAGGCCAAAGUUAAGUAAUCUAUUUCCAUGGACAUUUCUCAAAUUGAUAUGUAUACAUAGUUCUUUGAAAUAUUUUAUUACCCAUUAAAGAAUUGAUCACUUAAAGAAAAUUACUUAGAUACCAUUUAAUAUGAAAAGUAUAGUAAAAUAUUUCUCUAUACAUCAUAUUUUGUAUACUUGUCCCUAAUUGUAAUAAUAGGAAUGAACAAACUAGAACAUAGGAUAAAAAUGAUUAUAUUCUGUAGCUGAGCUAUAAUGUAAAAGUUAACUGUAUUUAUUUCUUUGGUUCAAAGGUUUUCUUCUCUGAACUACAAUUAUAGAUAAGAUUUAUAGGCUACCAUUUAGACAUAAAAAUGCAUACCAACUUCCUUUAGAAUAAUGUCAGCUCCCUUUAUAUGUUUACCUUAAAAACCCAGGUAACAAUAAGUAAAGUAUUUUUUUAAAUCUAAGAAUCCCUCUAAAAAUAUAAUUUUGGAUUUUCCUAUCAUAUUUUUCCUUCUAAUCAUAAGUUUACCAAGAAAAUAAGUAUCUCCAUGGACCCAACUGGAUUGGACCAUUUUAAUGAAAUAAUUUUUGAAAGAUGAGAAGAGCACAUCUGGGAAUAUUUGAUAUUAUUAUUAUUGUGUCCUUGAGGAGUGUAUAAUGAAUCUUGAGAAGAUGAUACAGAUAGCAUUUACUUUACGUUAACAAGACUUGUACUGUGUAUUUAAAAACAGUUAUCAUUAUGGAACAAUGUAUCUAGUGUAUGCAAUUUAAGUGUUAAUAUGUCAAAGGAAGUAUUUUUUCUGAAACAAUAGAAAGUUGAAAAAAUAACACAAAAUAUUACCAAAAAAUACUGAGAGGUUAGGUGGCAGUUCUCAACAUUGAGGACCAAUGAAGGUCAAAGUCUAAGCUUCAGCUUAGUCUGGCUAGUAUUAGGAAUCUGUGGUUGAUUAGAUUCUGCUCUAGGAAAGCUGGAAUGUUGUCAUUUUGAAAGUCUUCUAAAGGAUUCUCUCUCUCUAGCCACUUAAAGAAUGACUUUCUAUAGUUAGGACCCUUGCACUCUGGAGCUCAAAAAAUAUAUAGGUUACAGGUGUCAAAUUAUGAAACCCUAUACCAUAAGUGUUCAAAUGAGACCUUUUGGGAAGAAUUUUUUGAAGACUUAGGUGCUAAUGUUUAUCAAAGAAGAAAGGAAAACAAGCCAAUAACAUGUCAUUGAGGAAGUUCAUUAUUUUAUGUAAAUCUAAUUUAUAAAAGCACAUUAUUGGUUACACAA